GCAAUCUUUGGGGCAACCCCACAGAGUUUGUGAGGAAACGCGCUGCUGGGGCGAUGAGCUGGUUAAUAUUUACUUUGUGUUCAGUCCGUCAAUGGUCGAGUGCUGGAACUAAACUAACCUGCUGUAAUCUGUCUGCACACAACCGCACAGGUCAAAUGGCCUCAGACUGGCUCGCUCCGGCCGAGAGAGAUAAGUUCCUCAUGGAGCUCAAGGCCACGGGCUGGGUGGAAGUAGAGGACCGGGACGCUCUCUACAAGGAGCUGCACUUCAAAACCUUCAACCAGGCUUUUGGCUUCAUGUCUCGAGUGGCUCUGCAAGCCGAGAAGAUGAACCAUCACCCGGAGUGGUUCAAUGUUUAUAACAAGGUCCAGAUCACUUUGACUACACAUGACUGUGGAGGAUUGUCAAAGAAGGACAUUCGACUGGCCAAGUUUAUUGAUAAAGUUGCACUGUCCCUGUAGCAGCUCCUUAAAAAAAAAAGUUUGAAAAGGCACAACAUAAUACAUUAAAAACUGAGAAUGACAUUUGAGUGAAAUGUCAUCUUGAUGGAAGUUAAGCUUAUUUUCAUUAUGGAAAAAAAAAAGCUUUGUAUUUUCAUUUUUUUUUUUUUUUUUUGCAUUGUGUUGCUUAAUAAAAUUAGGUCAGCUUGUUCAUUCUCAAA